UUCCCUUGUCUGACCCCUCACUGACCCCUCUAUUUGUGCACCUGCUAUUGAGUCAUCCUCCCUUCAAACGACUUUCUAAAGCUCGACUUGCAAUCAUUUUGCCGUACAUCCGCACUAAUUGACUUCAAUUGAAGCUUCAUCUUCACUCCAACCCACUGAGUCAAUACAAAGAUCCUCGAAUUCCACUCCACCAUGGCUCAACAACCAAUUCGACUGUGGGGCGGCAGAUUCACAGGUGCUUCGGACCCGUUAAUGGACCAGUACAAUGAGAGUCUGUCCGUCGACCGCGUUAUGUACGCACAGGAUAUCAAGGGCUCAAUUGCAUAUGCCAGGGCGAAUGUCAACACGGGAAUCCUUACACAAGAGGAGUUCGAGACGAUUGAGAAGGGAUUGGGGGAGAUCAUGAAGGAAUGGGAGGAGGGCAAGUUCGUGUCUCGCCCGGGAGAUGAAGACAUUCACACAGCGAACGAACGACGCCUCGGUGAUAUCAUUGGCACCCAUAUCGCAGGAAAGCUACACACUGGACGCAGUCGCAACGACCAAGUAGCAACCGAUAUGCGAAUGUGGCUCCGGGACGAGUUGGUCAUAAUCGAAGAGUACCUCGUUGAUCUGCUGAAGGUCAUUGCCCAGCGCGCCGAGCAGGAUAUCGACUACAUCAUGCCAGCCUACACACAUCUGCAACGUGCACAGCCCAUUCGAUGGAGCCAAUGGCUUCUCAGCUACGCCGUAGCCUUCCAAUUGGACCUCGAGCGUCUCCGAUUCACAAAGAAGACUGUCAACAAAUCCCCGCUUGGCUGUGGUGCCGUGGCUGGUAAUGCUUUUGGCAUUGAUCGUGUAGCCAUGGCUAAGGAGCUCGGUUUCGAAGGCCUCAUCAUGAACAGCAUGUCUGCUGUUGGCGACCGAGACUUCGUCGUGGAGGUCCUGCAAUGUGCCGCCACCAUUGGCAGCCACUUAUCUCGCUGGUCCGAAGAUCUGAUCAUCUACAGCUCCCUAGAGUUCGGCUAUGUUAAGCUCGCAGACGCAUACACAACCGGCAGCUCUCUCAUGCCGCAGAAGAAGAACAGUGACUCGCUAGAGCUGCUCCGUGGCAAGUCGGGGAGGAUAUUCGGCGCUAUGGCCGGUUUGAUGAUGAGUAUCAAGGGUAUUCCAUCGACAUAUAAUAAGGACUUGCAGGAGAGCGUGCAGCCGAUGUUGGAUACAGUUAAAACGUUGAAGGAUAGUUUGCAGAUUGCUGCGAGGUCCCUGGCUACAGCUACCGUAUACCCUGAGAAGAUGCGCGCGGCACUCAGCCCAGAUAUGCUGGCUACGGAUCUUGCAGAGUAUCUUGUUCGUAAGGGUAAGUUACAAAUUUCCAACCCGUUCUUAUUCCUGGUAACAUGCACUAAUUGUUAAAGGUGUCCCAUUCCGCGAGACUCAUCACCUAGCAGGCAGGAUGGUCGCAUUAGCCGAAGACGAGAACAAAGGCAUGGACGAGCUCACAGUCGAGCAAUUCCAAGGCGUAGAUAAGCGAUUCGGUGCUGAUGUUCUCAGCGUCUUUGACUAUGAGCGUUCUGUUGAGAUGAAGUCGACGACAGGCGGCACGAGCCGAAGCGCAGUAUUGGAGCAGCUGGAGGCACUGAAGAAGUCCUUUGAUGCAUGAGUAACUUGAUUUGACUUGCUCUGUUCACUAGCUGAGAUAGAGAUAUAGAACGGUGUCUGUUACCUUGCAAGUUGAUGGUUUAUUGAUUAUGACGGAGUAUUUCUGCAGGGCAAUGUGGGGUUUUAUGGUGUCAGAUGCCAAAAGCGUAGAUUAUCAAACGUUUGAUGUCCAAAGUAGAAAUGACUCGGCUCAUGAGCCAAUCGUGAUUCACAAAAUGUAUGAAGUACUGUGGUGUGAGGUAGACAACAUGGGGAUCUCGUCAAAGUAGAGAUCCGGGAUGUUUAUUCUCAACUCAGCUCUCACCCGUUGUUGCUUCUGUGGUCAAUCUAAACAAUAGCGACGGGAACACAGCUUCUGCAUUUCACACACAACUCAGAGGAGAAAUAUUGUAAACGAUAUAGAUACUUCUGUUUCCUAGCGAUCUGAACACAAGUUAGGCAUAUAGAAUAUGUGGCUGCACGCGUCUAAGACAUAUAGAAUUUGGAGACUUUGCUAUGUUUUAGUUCUAAGAUUGACUGGAUAGUCACUCACUAUCAGACUGAAUUCAAGUAUUUGAUCGUGGCUCGUUUGUGGACAAAAUGUGCUUAGGUAGGUCAUGGGUGGUUGGAAGGACGGAUCAGACUCGCGCUGAAGCGUACCGAAUUUGAACAUGCAACCAUCUCAAAACGGAAAGACUCAAUUCGCGCCUGCCAUUAUUCAAAAGUGCGCGUAGGAAAAUGAAAAAUACAUUAUAAAG